GGAUGUCUGCGCUGCUAAGCUGUCGGAGUCCUCUAGUGCUCUCUGCUGCUCAGUAUGCACUAUAUACAUCAUACAUACUGUAUGCGAUCUGUACCGGUCUGUCUCUUUCUCUGUCUCUCGUUCUCUUUCUCUGCUCCGCUGUUCUCAACUCUAAUUCUGUGCUGACUUUUGAUAUUUUCUCUGCGGGACUCAAACUCAUUCAUUCGGAAACUUCAAUCUCGUGUGAGAGUAAAAAAGGGCUGUAGUUUACCCGUGUUUUUGCUAUAAAACCCUACUGGCAGUGCAUACACAACACAUGUGCAUGUUAUGCAUCAAAGCUCUGUUUCCUAAGUGAAGAUUUCUGCAUUGUUACCUGCUAUCAAGGACAAGUUCAUUUUGUAAAAACUGCACUGAAGAGUCGUGGGGAAUAUGCAUCUGGGCCACAUCUGUGGGAUUUUACAGCAGCUGUGGUUUUUGACUGCUACGGUAGCUUCAGGUUCACAUUUCUUUCAAGACUUGGAGUCUGAGAUCGUUUACCCUUUGGUUUUACCGGAUGCCGCUCCGCCGGGUCCCGAGAGAUUCGACACCCAGGAGAGAGAUCCAAAUGCAGGCAGCAGUUCUCGUGAAGUCCGCUCUAUUUCCAAAGGAGAGGAAUACGAAUCCCAGGAGCUAUACCACUGGGAAACUCUUGGACCGCAGACACUGGCUUUUCCGGGGCUCAGGCUCAAAAUACCAGCCUUUGGCAAUGAGCUCCACCUGAUUCUCAAGAGGGACAGCAGGUUUUUAUCCAGGAAAUUCGUGGUAGAGAACAGACUGAAAGGUCGGAAAGCGUACCUGGACAAUUCAACAGUUACCUCUUCUUCCAGCGCUGAAAGGUCGUGUUAUUACAGCGGGGCUGUUCUUAAUUAUGCAGGAUCCAUCGCCUCCUUUAGCACCUGUGGUGGUCUGAUGGGAUUUAUUCAGCUCAAUCAGGACUUUCUAUUUAUUGAACCUCUAAAUCGCACACUGGCAGUAACAGGGCACGCACACCGCGUUUACAGACGGAAACGAUCAAUGGAGGAGAAAGUCUCACAGAAGCAUUCUUCACAUAAAUACUGUGGGGUUCUUCCUGAUAAAAGGAAAAGCAAGAACAGAAAGUUAACAGAAAUUGGAAGAGGGAAAAGAUACUCCUAUAAAUUACCUCAUGAAUAUAACGUGGAGACCUUGGUUGUUGCUGACCCUGCCAUGGUCAGCUACCAUGGGUCUGAUGCGGCAAAGAGAUUCAUCCUCACAAUAAUGAAUAUGGUUUUUAAUCUCUUUCAACACAAGAGCCUUGGAGUACAAAUGAACAUUCGACUGACAAAGCUUGUGCUGCUUCAUGAGACUCCAGCUGACAUGUACAUCGGGCACCAUGGAGAAAAGAUGCUGGAGAGUUUCUGUAAGUGGCAGCAGGAAGAGUUUGGAAAGAAGAACAUUCACACCGAUUUCUCAACGAGCUGGAGGGAGGAUUUACCGUCCGUUGACACAGCUAUAUUUAUAACCAGAAAGGAUUUCUGCGUACAUAAAGAUGAACCAUGUGACACUGUAGGUAUAGCAUACUUAAGUGGGAUGUGCAGUGAGAAAAGAAAGUGCAUCCUUGCUGAGGACAAUGGACUUAAUCUGGCAUUUACAAUCGCUCACGAGAUGGGGCACAACAUGGGGAUAAAUCAUGACAAUGACCACCCACCCUGUGCAGAUGGCCUCCAUAUCAUGUCUGGGGAAUGGAUUAAGGGACAGAACCUUGGAGACGUCUCCUGGUCUCAAUGCAGCAGAGAGGACAUGGAAAGGUUUCUCAGGUCAAAGGCGAGCAGUUGUUUGCUGCAGACAGAUCCCCAGAGCCUCAAUUCCGUGAUUCUGCCUUCCAAGCUACCUGGGAUGACGUACACUGCAGAUGAGCAAUGUCAGAUUCUGUUUGGACCAAAAGCCUCUUAUUGCCAGAAAAUGCAGUAUGUAAUUUGCUCUGGGCUCUGGUGCAAAGUCGAGGGUGAGAAAGAAUGUAAGACGAAAUUGGAUCCACCCAUGGAUGGAACAGAGUGUGACAUAGGAAAGUGGUGCAAAGCUGGGGAAUGUGUCAGGAAAGCUCUUUUACCUGAGCACACAGAUGGGGAGUGGAGUUCAUGGAGUGCAUGGGGAGCCUGCAGCAGAACCUGUAACACCGGGGUCAGUGUCCGUCAACGCAAGUGUGAUAAUCCCAGACCCAGCACUGAAGGUAGAGACUGUCCUGGUGUCAGAGUCCAGUAUCAAGUGUGCCAGAACACGCUGUGUCCAGCAGGGGUGCCAAGCUUCAGGGAUUUACAGUGCCGGUCCUUUAACAGGCCUUCGCUUCAGAAGCACUCGUUCCAGUGGUAUUCUGUCACAGAUAAUGAGAAACCCUGCACUUUAUUCUGCUCCACAUUGGGGAAAGACCAGCCGAUACUGCUGGCUGACAAAGUACUUGACGGGACUCUGUGUGGACCUCAGGAAUCGGAUAUCUGUGCAAACGGCACGUGCCAGAAAAUCAGCUGUGACGGUAUACUGGGAUCAUCAGCCAAAGAAGAUAAUUGUGGAUUGUGCAAUGGAAACGGCAAAUCGUGCAAAGUCAUUAAAGGAGAUUUCAACCACACCAGGGGGGCAGGUUAUGUUGAAGCGGUGGUGAUACCAGCAGGAGCAAGAAGAAUCAGAGUAGUGGAGGAAAAACCUGCACACAGCUACUUAGCUCUACGGGAUGCCAGUAAACACUCAAUCAACAGUGACUGGAAGAUUGAACAUCCAGGUUCAUUUAACAUUGCUGGGACAACUGUCCACUAUGUCAGAAGAGGAUUAUGGGAGAAAAUCUCUGCCAAAGGACCCACUACUUCUCCGCUCCAUCUUUUGGUGCUGCUGUUUAAUGACCAAAAUUAUGGAAUCCAUUAUGAGUACACCAUUCCUGUAGACCCUCCCCCAGAGAACCGGAGUGCCAAGACUGUUGAGCCUCUCUUCAUGUGGACGCACUCUGGGUGGGAGGACUGCCACGCUGUGUGUGGUGGAGGGGAAAGAAAAACAAAAGUUACUUGCACCAAGAUCAUGAAUAAGACUACCAGUGUGGUGGACAACAAGAAAUGCCGGUACCUGACUAAACCUGAGCCACAAGUGCGCAAAUGCAAUGACCAGCCCUGUCAGACAAGGUGGAUGAUGACAGAGUGGACUCCUUGCUCAAGGACUUGUGGAAAGGGAUCUCAGGCUCGUCAGGUGUCCUGCACUCAGCAGCUACGCAAUGGGACUCUCAUCAGGGCCAAAGAGCGGGACUGUGUGGGACACAAGCCUGCCGCAACCCAGCGCUGUGAGGGUCAGGACUGUAUGACAGUGUGGGAGGCUGAAGUGUGGUCCGAGUGCUCUGUAAAGUGCGGCAAAGGGGCCCGCCACAGGACUGUGAAAUGCACCAAUCCUCGCAAGAAAUGCGACUUGUCCACACGCCCCAGGGAGGUGGAAGACUGCGAGGAUUACUCCAAGUGCUACGUUUGGAGAACAGGAGACUGGUCCAAGUGCUCAGUAACCUGUGGCAAGGGAAUGCAGUCCAGGGUAAUUCAGUGCAUGCACAAGAUCACUGGAAGGCAUGGAAAUGAAUGCUUCUCAUCCGAGAAGCCCGCUGCUUUCCGACCUUGCCAUCUACAACCCUGCAACGAGAAAAAUAAUGUGAACACCAUCACCUCGCCUAGACUGGCUGCCUUAACAUUCAAGUGCCUACGGGACCAGUGGCCUGUCUACUGUAAAGUCAUCAGAGAGCAGAACCUCUGUCAGGACAUGAGGUGGUACCAGCGCUGCUGUGAGACCUGUAGGGACUUUUAUGCACAAAAAAUGCAGCAAAGAAGUUGACGUCCAACACAAUCAGAACUCUUACAAGAUUUUCCUUGUUAUUUAUAUUAAGAAAACACAAGCAAAAAACACCUUUUUCAAACAAGCAGAUUCUGGAUAAUUGAAUAAGUGUAAUUUAUUCUUGUGCUCUGUGAGGUCAUUUUUGUAGAAAAUAAUAAGAACUGUUUUUUUUAUAUAGUUGGUUCCACACUAAAUAUUAGUAAAUAAGUGUAAACGCUGCAUACUGCUCUCUCUCUCCUUGAAUGCGGCCCCUCUCCUGAUAUUGCCAAGGUUUCUAGGGGAAAUCCUAAUACUGGUCAGUCUAUAUUGAACAGCAAACAUCUGUCGUGUCUACUAUGUACAGUAUAAAGGAAAUGCAGAUAAGAUGGGAAUCUACAAAAGAGGAAAGAAGCAAUAUAGCUCGGUACGUUUUUGUUGGCUGUUGUUCUACCUGAUCUAUUUCAUACAGUCUAUAAUCAUUAAGCCAUGCUAUUUAUCUCUAUGGAGAUUCUCAAUGUCCUUGACUUGCCUAAGCGUUGCUACGUAGAGGAAUCGGUAGUGGCUGCCGAGGUUACAGGUUUGUUGGGUUCAUCUGUGUUCCAGAAAUCCUUGUGAAGAAGUUACCUUUGCACAUAAGCCCUGGAUAUCCCUUUACAUGUAAAAAUCCCAAGGAUUCUUGAAAGCAUGACCGACAAAUCCAAAUCAUUAACUCUAUUGUCUCUCACCUUAGUUUACCCAUUUAAUACUGUACAUACCAGGUAAGCACAGUGAUCCACUUGCCAUUUGUUUUCCCAUCCAAUAGAAGGAAAAUUAGACUAACUAUAGUGAACAAGCAAACCUUAAAUAACUUCCAACACUCACACCAGGGUUGGGCUGUAAGAAAACACGAAGUGGAGUAUUCUUAAUCCCUGACAUGGAGUCUAGGGGAACCCUGCAUGUUAAAUAAAGGUUAUUACAAUUGAGUGUUAACUGACACAACACAGGCAGCCUGUAAGCCUAAAAAGAGACUAUAGAAUUUCACAUACAGUGUUAUAAUAGUAAUAAUUAUUGGUAAGUGCAGCCUUGGCUAUUUUUCAUCCUGGGUUGACCUUUCAUUCCAAGGUUAUAAUUUGAGAGCAGUAUUCAUUCAGUAAGAUCUAAAGCCACAUUUCAGGUUUAAGUCAUGAAAGUGACCCACAGUACCAGCUAAAUCUGCCUUCUAGUGACCAAAGUUGAAAUACAAGGUUGGAGCGGGGCAUUGCAGUGUUAAAAAAAAAAAAAAAAAAAAAAAAAAAGUUUUACAGAUUUAGAUUUGGAAUCAAUAAUCUGAGAUCUAGAAUUCCAGCACCAUAUUGCACUGGGACCAAAGUAUGUAACUUUUACAUCAGAUACUGUAAACUCAGUGGGAACCCCAUAAACAAUUUAUAAAUAGGAUAACACGAGCAACCUCAAUCAUCUAUAAUAAGUCAUCACAUAAACUUUUUGAUUCACAGUAGUAUAAGCUGAUGUAACAUUGAAGUCUUAAAUACUGUAUUAAGGUUUUGUUGGAAAGCAAAUGUUUUCUGAAAAAAUAACAAUAACUCUCUGCAGCCACAGGAAUCAAUGCCUUAUAGUUCACAUGUACAUUGCAUAGAACAUUAGUGACACCCAGUGGCCAGAGGCUGUUGUCACUUGAGAUUCUAUUUUUUUUCUCACUGUUUUUACUGUUCAUUUUUAUUGAAUAGUUCAGUUUUCAGAAAAAGUGUCUUUCCAUAUUCAAUACAACAAAGAGACUUGUUGAAAUGAAUGAAUGACUAUUUCUAUUGAUGGUUCUAUGCAAAGGCAGCUUCUAAUGGUUCUAUGUUGUUAUACAGCAGAUGGUGUUUCAGACAUUUACAAAAUUAAUAAAACAUGGCCACAUUAUUGGUAAUUAGUUGGAAUUAAAAUAAGCAUAUCAGUGUGGUACUAUGAUGUUUGCAAAUUAACUAAACCAACAUGAUAAAUUGACAAUUUACAGUAGUUGUUAGUCAGUUGGCUGUAAAAAAAUUGCUGAAGCAAUAAAGGUGGGUUACAACGGAUGCCAACUUAUCAUACCAGCUUUAUCAUAGACUGGAACUGCAGCUGCAACUCACAGAGCACCAGGCUCACUGAAUCAACUGGUGGUUGAUAAGGGAAGACAAAGAAGUCAAUCAAUCAGUCUUUGGGUAUUUGUAGCCGCAAUUUUGAAACCAAAUUGAAACUGUUAUUAUAGGAGUAAUUCAGGCAUUCAUUUACCAGUGAUACAAUACUCAAUCUGGUGAUUCAGCUAAUCCUCUUUAAACCAUUGCAUGCGGCUGUCUGUAACUCAGCUAACAAGUUCAGUGCUUCAGUCCACCAUGCCCCACUGUUCCUCUUAAGUAUCUUGCACGAUGCAGAUAUAUUUAUGACCUUCAUGGAACUGAUCUACUUGUACACCUUUGAAUCAAGACAGCCUUUAUUCUUCUUUCUGGUCCUAGCUUACACUGUGACGCUGGCUUAAAACUGUAAUGUGUCAUUUAUAAUACUAACUAUACCUAUUGCUGUUAUAGUUUAUUUAUGUCCACUUUGACAGCCUUUUCCAGUUAUACCCAAUUAUCAUUUAAUAUAAAAGACCCCUCAAUGAUAGUAAUGAGCCUUUGGUAAAGGAUCUGGGGAAAAUGCCUCUCCUUCAAAAGGCAGUUAUAUAGUAACACAAAGCAAAAGCGAUACCAAGGGGCCACAUAUUAAAUCAUCCCGUUCUUCACUUUAUUUAUCACUUUAAACAAUUACUGUGUUUGUUUUUUUUCUGUUUGUUUGUUUGUUUUGUUUUUUGGUUCAGCACUUGUAGAGAUAUUAUUGUUCACUACAUUAAGGUAUCUCAUGCCACAAAUUCAUUAAAGCAACUACGAGACCAUGGAGGUGUUGAACACAGACCUGCUGCUUUUAAAGGAAAGUAAUCUGCUGUAUAUCUUGACAAAUAUGUUUAACCAAACAAUGACAAAAUGUUAAAUAGGUCGGUAACGAUUAUAAAUACAAAUUCUAUACUUGAAUAAAAGUAUUAAGAAACGAAACACUGUAAAUGUUUACACUGAAUCACUGUGGCACUGAUUUAGACUUUUAAAAGUUCUUCAGUCAGGAAACAGAAACAUCUUGUGGUGCACGAAUCCUGCUCCAUUUUAACAUUUUGUCAUUCGAUUGAAAACAUGAAUUAUAUGUCGAUGUCUGCUUCAUUUAGCUGGUAUAAUAUGAGAGUCUUUUUCUCUAUACUCCUUGAACUAUUUUUUCUCUUUCGUACGUACUUUCUUUGUAGCAAUGUUUUGAAGUUUUACAGGUUUGUGAAACUUUAUGAAAUUUGAAUUUUCUUUCUGAGAAAAUACAUUCUGUACAUGAUUCACAUGAUCUUAAGUUUUCAAUAAAAAAGUUAAAACUUC